AUGGACUUUGAUAUAGUCCUUGAAUUACACAUCCCAGCAUCCAGUGUGGCCCCAGAUUUCAGUGAUGUACUCAGACACAUUGUGAGAAAUGUCUCCCUAACCCAAACCAUCACUGAGUCUUUCACACUGAAAAACCUGACCUUCACCACAUGGUGCUAUCCAAACUCCACUGGAGGGCUGCAGUGCCGGUGUGAGGACCAGUUUGCUUGGUCAUGUGAUAAGUGUGGAGUAUACGGUGCCUGUGGUGAUGUCAUCUCCCAAACAUGUGGGUGCAUAAAAGGACUUCCUUCUACUGGAGAGUUCUGUGAACCAAUCACAGCACCAGUGGUCUUCUAUAUAGCAGUUGAAUUGCACAUCUCAGCAGCCAGUGUGCCCCCAAAUAUCACUGUUGUACUCAGAGACAUUAUGAAAAAUGUCAUCUCUCCUCAAAUUGAGUCUUUAACAGUAAAAGACUUGAACUUCACCACAUGGUGCUCUCCAGUCUCUACGGGAGUGCAGUGUCAGUGUGAGGACCAGUUUGCUUGGUCAUGUGACAAGUGUGAUAAAUAUGGUGCAUGCAGUAAUGUCACCUCAAAAACCUGUGGGUGCAUCAACAGACUUCCUCCUGGUGGAGAAAUUUGUGAACCAAUCUCAACUUUCAAUCCAUGUAUAACACCAAAUACAACUACAUUACCAUCAGUGACAACUACAACAAUGCCAAUAACAAAGACAACACCAACAAUGCCAAACACAACAACAUCAACAACAACACCAACAUCAACAACAUCAACAACAACACCAACAACAAACACAACAUCGACGACAACACCAACAUCGACGACAACACCAACAUCAACAACAACUACACCAAUGACACAGACAUUUGAAAUAACUAUGGAUGUUGAAUUCAAGGAAGAAUACACUCAACAAACCAAUGACUUUCACAAAAUUGUUAGCAACACCAUCAGAGAAGAAGGACUGAAGCAAGGAAUACAAGCAAAAUUAAUUAAAUUCCGGAGUGGAAGUACCAUUGCCCAAUAUCAAGUCAGUGCUCCCCUUUCUAAUACAACAGACUUUCAGACAUUAAAUUUAAAAAUAUCUAACAACCUGGCAAAAUUAUAUCCUGUAAUAUUUGAGGCCUCGGGUCCCCUGACAUUUUCGCCAAAUGAUGGAUUUUAUGAGCAAACAGUGACUGUCACAUGUGGCCCUCCACCAGGGAAUCUCAAUUUUGGCAAUGUCUCAGCAGCAGAGUGGAGACGUAAUACGUUCUUGACUGCCACUACAUUGCCAGUAUUUUUGGAACAGCUCAAGAACGUCACUGUCAAUUUUACUGAAGAAGUGAUUACAUCUCCUCCCAACAUUAAAGCUAUUGUGAGAAUACUCAUCAAUGUCGCCAACAAAUCUUCAUCCCUCAAUAUCUCAAUUAGCAGAGAUUCAAUGAAGAAUGUCUUGAUAACAGCAGGGGUUCUCACCAUCAAUGGAACAAAGCAAACAUGGAACUUUCUGAAUAACAAUGACACCAAAAACAUCUCAAACAACACUGAUGUUAAAAGUGUUAGCUCAUUAUUUUUGGACUCCCUUGAAAAAAUAACAUCUCAACUUGUCAAUGCAACUUUUGACAUUAUGACAGGCUUUAUUCAGUUAAACAGAACUACAUUCACAGACGCUUUCAAUGCUGAAUUUAAUUCUUCAGUGACAAUACAAAUACCAGAGUCUAAAGGAGAUAACAAAACAAUCACUAUGAUAGUAUUUAACUCAUUAGAUAAUGUACUACCUGCAAGAGAUGAGGCCAAUUCAUCGCUCAAGUCCAUAAACGGCAGGGUUGUACUUGUUCAGUCUAGUGGCCAAAUCAAUAAUAUCUCUUUCACAUAUGAUAUUUUAAAUGAUACACUGGAAAACCCUGAAUGUGUCUUCUGGAACUUCAGCCUAUUUGAUGGUCUGGGAGGAUGGGACGGCAAGGGCUGCAAGUUAGUGUUAAACAUAAAUGAAACUGUCACCUGCAACUGCAACCACCUGACCUCAUUCUCCAUCCUCAUGUCACCGAACAGUCCGAAGAAACUCUAUUUGGACAUUAUAACCUACAUUGGAGUUGGCAUUUCAAUGGGAUCCUUGGUCAUAUGUCUCAUCAUUGAAGGCCUCAUUUGGAGAAAAAUAAGAAAGAAUGAAACCUCUUACUUGCGUCAUGUUGCCAUUGUUAACAUCGCCGUUUCCCUCCUGAUUGCAAACAUUUGGUUUAUAAUUGGAGCGGCCAUUUCAGAUGCAGAAGUUAAAAACCCCCCAGCAUGCACUGCAGCUACCUUUUUUAUCCAUUUUUUCUACCUAGCCCUGUUCUUCUGGAUGCUGGCCUCAGCUAUGCUGCUGCUCUACCGUACAACUAAUGUUUUUGGUGGGGGUUUGUCUAAAGCAUCUAUGCUGGCCAUUGGAUUUUUUCUAGGCUACGGAGCUCCUCUCAUCAUUGCAACAGUAACUAUAGGUGCUAUCCAAACUCCACUGGAGGGCUGCAGUGUCAAUGUGAGGACCAGUUUGCCUGGUCAUGUGACAAGUGUGGCCUUUACGGUGCAUGCAGUAAUGUCACCUCCCAAACCUGUGAAUGCAUCAAAGGGCUUCCUCCUGGUGUAG